UGCAGAUAUUAAACGUGUUGAACCAGUUGGAGUGGAUGCUUUAAUGAUUGCAUCAAGCAAUGGACAUGAAAAAGUAGUAGAGUUGCUUAUCAACAGCGGGGCUGAUAUUAAACGUGUAAAAGCAGAUGGAUGGGAUGCUUUAAUGCUUGCUUCAAAGAAUGGACAUGACAAAGUAGUAGAGUUACUUAUCAACGGCGGGGUAGAUAUUAAUCAUGUAACCAAUAUAGGAUCGGAUGCUUUAAUGCUUGCAUCAAGUGAUGGACAUGAAAAAGUUGUAGAGUUACUUAUCAACGGCGGGGCUGAUAUUAAACGUGUAAAAGCAGAUGGAUGGGAUGCUUUAAAGCUUGCAUCAAGACAUGGACAUGAAAAAGUUGUAGAGUUACUUAUCAACGGCGGGGCUGAUAUUAAACAUGUAAAAGAAGAUGGAUGGGAUGCUUUAAUGCUUGCUUCAGAUAAUGGACAUGACAAAGUAGUAGAGUUACUUAUCAACUGCGGGGCUGAUUUUAAAAGAGUGGAUACAUAUGGAUGGGAUGCUUUAAUGCUUGCAUCAAGCAAUGGACAUGAAAAAGUAGUAGAGUUGCUUAUCAACUGCGGGGCUGAUAUUAAACGUGUAAAAGCAGAUGGAUGGGAUGCUUUAAUGCUUGCUUCAAAGAAUGAACAUGACAAAGUAGUAGAGUUACUUAUCAACGGCGGGGUUGAUAUUUAUCAUGUAACCAAUAGAGGAUCGGAUGCUUUAAUGAUUGCAUCAAGAGAUGGACAUGAAAAAGUAGUAGAGUUGCUUAUCAACAUCGGUGCUGAUUUUAAAAGAGUUGAUGAAAAUGGAUGGGAUGCUUUAAUGCUUUCAUCAAAUGAUGGACAUGAAAAAGUAGUAGAGUUGCUUAUCAACAGCGGUGCUGAUUUUAAAAGAGUGGAUACAGAUGGAUGGGAUGCUUUGAAACUUGCUUCAGGGUAUGGACAUGACAAAGUAGUAGAGUUACUUAUCAACUGCGGGGCUGAUGUUAAUCAUGUAACCAAUAUAGGAUCGGAUGCUUUAAUGCUUGCAUCAAGACAUAGACAUGAAAAAGUAGUAGAGUUGCUUAUCAACAACGGUGCUGAUUUUAAAAGAGUGGAUAAAGAUGGACGGGAUGCAUUAAUGCUUGCAUCAAAUGAUGGACAUGACAAAGUAGUAGAGUUGCUUAUCAAUAGCGGUGCUGAUUUUAAAAGAGUGGAUACAUAUGGAUGGGAUGCUUUAAUGCUUGCAUCAAGUGAUGGACAUGACAAAGUAGUAGAGUUACUUAUCAACGGCGGUGCAGAUAUUAAAGGCGUGGGUAAAGAUGGAUGGGAUGCUUUAAUGCUUGCAUCAAUUAAUGGACAUGAAAAAGUUGUAGAGUUAUUUAUCAACGGCGGGGCUGAUAUUAAACGUGUAAAAGAAGAUGGAUGGGAUGCUUUAAUGCUUGCUUCAGAUAAUGGACAUGACAAAGUAGUAGAGUUACUUAUCAACUGCGGGGCUGAUUUUAAAAGAGUGGAUACAUAUGGAUGGGAUGCUUUAAUGCUUGCAUCAAGCAAUGGACAUGAAAAAGUAGUAGAGUUGAUUAUCAACAGCGGUGCUGAUUUUAAAAGAGUGGUUACAGAUGGAUGGGAUGCUUUAAUGCUUGCAUCAAGCAAUGGACAUGAAAAAGUAGUAGAGUUGCUUAUCAACAGCGGUGCUGAUUUUAAAAGAGUGGUUACAGAUGGAUGGGAUGCUUUAAUGCUUGCAUCAAACAAUGGACAUGAAAAAGUAGUAGAGUUGAUUAUCAACAGCGGUGCUGAUCUUAAAAGAGUGGAUACAGAUGGAUGGGAUGCUUUAAUGCUUGCUUCAGGGUAUGGACAUUACAAAAUAGUAGAGCUACUUAUCAACGGCGGUGCAGAUAUUAAACGUGUUGAACCAGUUGGAGUGGAUGCUUUAAUGAUUGCAUCAAGAAAUGGACAUGAAAAAGUAGUAGAGUUGCUUAUCAACAGCGGGGCUGAUAUUAAACGUGUAAAAGCAGAUGGAUGGGAUGCUUUAAUGCUUGCUUCAAAGAAUGGACAUGACAAAGUAGUAGAGUUACUUAUCAACGGCGGGGUAGAUAUUAAUCAUGUAACCAAUAUAGGAUCGGAUGCUUUAAUGCUUGCAUCAAGUGAUGGACAUGAAAAAGUUGUAGAGUUACUUAUCAACGGCGGGGCUGAUAUUAAACGUGUAAAAGCAGAUGGAUGGGAUGCUUUAAAGCUUGCAUCAAGACAUGGACAUGAAAAAGUUGUAGAGUUACUUAUCAACGGCGGGGCUGAUAUUAAACAUGUAAAAGAAGAUGGAUGGGAUGCUUUAAUGCUUGCUUCAGAUAAUGGACAUGACAAAGUAGUAGAGUUACUUAUCAACUGCGGGGCUGAUUUUAAAAGAGUGGAUACAUAUGGAUGGGAUGCUUUAAUGCUUGCAUCAAGCAAUGGACAUGAAAAAGUAGUAGAGUUGCUUAUCAACUGCGGGGCUGAUAUUAAACGUGUAAAAGCAGAUGGAUGGGAUGCUUUAAUGCUUGCUUCAAAGAAUGAACAUGACAAAGUAGUAGAGUUACUUUUCAACGGCGGGGUUGAUAUUAAUCAUGUAACCAAUAUAGGAUCGGAUGCUUUAAUGCUUGCAUCAAGUGAUGGACAUGAAAAAGUUGUAGAGUUACUUAUCAACGGCGGGGCUGAUAUUAAACGUGUAAAAGCAGAUGGGUGGGAUGCUUUAAUGCUUGCAUCAAGACAUGGACAUGAAAAAGUUGUAGAGUUACUUAUCAACGGCGGGGCUGAUAUUAAACGUGUAAAAGAAGAUGGAUGGGAUGCUUUAAUGCUUGCUUCAGAUAAUGGACAUGACAAAGUAGUAGAGUUACUUAUCAACGGCGGUGCUGAUAUUAAAGGCGUGGGUAAAGAUGGAUGGGAUGCUUUAAUGCUUGCAUCAAGCAAUGGACAUGAAAAAGUAGUGGAGUUGCUUAUCAACAGCGGUGCUGAUUUUAAAAGAGUGGAUACAGAUGGAUGGGAUGCUUUAAUGCUUGCUUCAGGGUAUGGACAUUACAAAAUAGUAGAGCUACUUAUCAACGGCGGUGCAGAUAUUAAACGUGUUGAACCAUUUGGAGUGGAUGCUUUAAUGAUUGCAUCAAGCAAUGGACAUGACAAAGUAGUAGAGUUGCUUAUCAACUGCGGGGCUGAUAUUAAACGUGUAAAAGCAGAUGGAGGGGAUGCUUUAAUGCUUGCUUCAAAGAAUGGACAUGACAAAGUAGUAGAGUUACUUAUCAACGGCGGGGUUGAUAUUAAUCAUGUAACCAAUAUAGGAUCGGAUGCUUUAAUGCUUGCAUCAAGUGAUGGACAUGAAAAAGUUGUAGAGUUACUUAUCAACGGCGGGGCUGAUAUGCUUGCAUCAAGCAAUGGACAUGACAAAGUAGUAGAGUUGCUUAUCAACUGCGGGGCUGAUAUUAAACGUGUAAAAGCAGAUGGAUGGGAUGCUUUAAAACUUGCUUCAGGGUAUGGACAUUACAAAAUAGUAGAAUUACUUAUCAACGGCGGUGCAGAUAUUAAACGCGUGGGUAAAGAUGGAUGGGAUGCUUUAAUGUUUACUUCAAAGAAUGGACAUGACAAAGUAGUAGAGUUGCUUAUCAACAGCGGUGCUGAUUUUAAAAGAGUGGAUACAUAUGGAUGGGAUGCCUUAAUGCUUGCUUCAAAGAAUGGACAUGACAAAGUAGUAGAGUUGCUUAUCAACGGCGGGGCUGAUAUUAAACGUGUUAAAGCCGAUGGAUGGGAUGCUUUAAUGAUUGCAUCAAAGAAUGGACAUAACAAAGUAGUAGAGUUACUUAUCACCGGCGGGGCUGAUAUUAAUCAUGUAACCAAUAUAGGAUCGGAUGCUUUAAUGAUUGCAUCAAGAAAUGGACAUGACAAAAUAGUAGAGUUGCUUAUCAACGGCGGUGCUGAUAUUAAUAAUGUAACCAAUAAAGGAUGGGAUGCUUUAAUGAUUGCAUCAAGACAUGGACAUGAAAAAGUAGUAGAGUUGUUAAUCAACUGCGGUGCUGAUUUUAAAAGAGUGGAAAAAGAUGGAUGGGAGGCUUUACUGCAUGCAUCAAGUGAUGGACAUGAAAAAGUAGUAGAGUUACUUAUCAACGGCGGGGCUGAUAUUAAACGUGUAAAAGCAGAUGGAUGGGGUUCUUUAAUGUUUGCUUCAAAGAAUGGACAUGACAAAGUAGUAGAGCUACUUAUCAACGGUGGGGCUGAUAUUAAUCAUGUAACCAAUAGAGGAUCGGAUGCUUUAAUGAUUGCAUCAAGAGAUGGACAUGAAAAAGUAGUAGAGUUGCUUAUCAGCAGUGGUGCUGAUUUUAAAAGAGUGGAUAAAGAUGGGCGGGAUGCUUUAAUACUUGCUUCAGUGAAUGGACAUUACAAAAUAGUAGAGUUACUUAUCAACGGCGGGGCUGAUAUUAAUCAUGUAACCAUUAUAGGAUCGGAUGCUUUAAUGCUUGCAUCAAGUGAUGGACAUGAAAUAGUUGUAGAGUUACUUAUCAACGGCGGGGCUGAUAUUAAACGUGUAAAAGCAGAUGGAUGGGGUGCUUUAAUGCUUGCUUCAAAGAAUGGACAUGACAAAGUAGUAGAGCUACUUAUCAACGGCGGGGCUGAUAUUAAUCAUGUAACCAAUAGAGGAUCUGAUGCUUUAAUGAUUGCAUCAAGCAAUGGACAUGAAAAAGUAGUAGAGUUGCUUAUCAACAGCGGUGCUGAUUUUAAAAGAGUGGAUACAUAUGGAUGGGAUGCUUUAAUGCAUGCUUCAGGGAAUGGACAUUACAAAACAGUAGAGUUACUUAUCAACGGCGGUGUAGAUAUUAAACGUGUUCAACCAGAUGAAUUGGAUGCUUUAAUGAUUGCAUCAAAUGAAGGACAUGAAAAAGUAGUAGAGUUGCUUAUCAACAACGGUGCUGAUUUUAAAAGAGUGGAUAUAUAUGGAAGGGAUGCUUUAAUGUUUGCUUUAAAAAAAGCAUUAAAACAAGAUGUACAAAAUGACACCAAAACACAACUGAGCGACUCAACAGUCAGUGAACUAAACAAUAUAAAAUUCAAGAAUUUUAAGAAGUCCUUCGAUUGUUAUGUACAGAUUGCAGUUCUCGCUCACAAUGAACAGACACCAAGCUAUGAUGAUUUACAAGAAUUUGUUUCGGAUGUUAUGUCGGAGUUUUCUAACAUGAGAGACUUCGACGCAUUACAUUUCUUCAUAUGUCAGAGGUGUUUGAAGACAAUUUACUCUACUCUAAAUGAGGAAGAUGAACUGAAGUUUUUCACACUACUCUUAGAUCUUAACUAUGCGGAUAUAACAACGAGAUGUUUAAAAGAUAAAAAUCUUCUGGAAACAACAGCACCAGGUUUUAGUUUGUCUUUAAUUCGUGAUACGAUGAGUCUGUUGAUGGUCGGUAGUCAUGAAAGUGCAGAGUUUGCUUUGAUUUUGGCCGAGAAGGACGCUGUAAAGGCAUAUACAGAUAUCCUCAUCUCUCAUAAAAACGUGCAGAACUCCCAAUCUAAGUGGAUCAUUCGUCGAGUUGUUGGCAUUUUAUAUAACAUUGCCAGAAGGAAGGAAGCGAAGAAAUUUUUCUCAGUAAACAAUACAUACGAUGUAAUUAAAAACAUGGAGUUUAAAGAAGAAGCCAUAUCACUGAUAGCAACACUUAUGCUAUUGCUUAUAGAAGACGAUUCUACCACAGAUACGGAGGCAAAAACUAAAUCUGUUCAGUUGUUGCUUCACCUGUAUCCACAACUAAAAGAAUCACUAACACAUGCUGCUGAUGUUGAACAAAUAUUUACAACACAAUGUUUGAGAGAACUAAGUAGAAAUAAAGAGGGAAGUGAGAAAAUUAUCUUAGAUGAAGAAUUAAUUGACAUGUUAAUAAAAUUAAUAAACAGCCAUAAUGGGGAUCUUUCUGCUAACGUACAUUCAAUAUUUUGGAGAGCUGGACGUGCAACAGGAAUAUUGCCAUCUAAAACAGAUAUUGUGCUGUCUGAUGAGUUCCCCAAGAAAUUUGAAAUUAAACCAAAGCCGUUAGGUCAAGGAGGUUUUGGUAGCGUCCAUCUUGUUGUUGAUGUUGAUCAACCAGAGGAUGAAAAAUUUGUUGCCAAGAAAACACACGCAGACCCAAAUAACCAAAAGAAGUGGAUGGAGAGCUUACAAUCAGAGGCUUCGAUAUUAAUUAAACUGAAACACAAAAAUAUCGUCCAGUUUCAUGGGUAUCUCAAGAAAGAAAAUGAUAUUAUCUUAUUUCUGGAGUACAUAAAAAUGGGCACUCUCUCCACGUUCAUCAAACAACACACAAGACUCAAUGAAUGUUUGACAAGACGGUUUACAAUUCAAAUUCUGGAAGGCGUGAAGUACCUACAUGAAAACAACAUCUUGCAUUUGGACAUCAAAGGUACUAAUAUUCUAAUGGUGGAUGAGUCAAACAUUAAACUAACAGACUUUGGGCUGUCGACAAUACUUAACGAAGAAGGUGUAGAAGCAGAAAGGGGCACAACUCGAUAUAUGGCACCAGAGAUGAUUAACUGCCCUGAAGGGAGAAUAUUUAAACAUGGUAGUAGCUUGGACAUUUGGAGUGUUGGAAGUACAGUUGUAGAGAUGAUAACUGGAUCACCACCAAACUCAACAACGACAUCAGCCAAUGUACUUUUUAAAAUCGCUAUGCUGCAGAGACCAAAGUAUGAGCUGUCAAUCACAGCGUCAAAAAACCUGAGAGAUUUUUUAGAAAAGACAUUUACACCUGAAGCAGAACAAAGACCAUCUGCAGAAGAUUUAUUGAGAGAAGAUCCGUUUAUAACAGGCAGUUUAUAAAUGAUGACUCCAUUGAACAACACAUGUUUAUUACUACAAACACUUAUUACCAGUGGGUGUAAAAAAAUAAAAGCUUGCGUAGUUCGUGGAUAUGAACAGUCUUAAAGAUAUAAAAUAAAUCUUUUAAUAAGCCUUAAACAAGAUAAAAUUGUUAAAUGUGUGUAGUAAAUGCAAAUUCGUAUUUAAAAUUAUCCAUUCAAAAUAUAAAUUAAUAACUAUCCAUUUUUCAAAUAUGUCUCUUCAUAAAUAUAUCUAUAGUAAACAUCCUUGUGAAAUUAUGUUAGCCACAUUUUGCAACUAAAAUAGCAAAUAAAACAGUACCUCUGCGAAUGUAUACAUUAACACCAAAACAAUCACUUCAUGUUGAAAACUAGUAUCAAAAGUUUCAAUUUUCACCACUGUGUUUUUCAAUCCUAAUAAACUAUACUUUUAGCUACAAAAGCAUAAUUUUGUUUUCGCAUCUUAAGAAUGUUUAUUAGCCAGGACUUCAAUUACAUACUAUAAAUUUUACUCUCUUAGAGAUGAUUAAAGAAAAAUAAAUUACAUUUAUAUAUAUUUAUUUUCUAGAACAAUGUUUUUAAGUAAACGUUUUAGAAAGGAUCCGAUCGUUAGCUUUAUUUUGUAAAAUAUCUUUUUUUUUACAAAAAAAAAUGUUGUAGCACAUAUGUGUUGGUUUUAGAUGUUUUGUGUUUUACGAUUUCCAACCACUGGCUUGAUUCCUGCCAGCCGUGACUCAUCAUAUAAAACGUAUUGGUGAAUGGACAUAGUGCUAAACACUUCAUCUUUUUUUAUGCCAAUGUCACUGAAACUGCCACACGGUACUUCAGUUAAGAAAGGAUAACUUCACUUUUCUUAAUGAAAAUAUCUUUUAUUUUGUUAUGUACUUUUUAAUGCACUUUAUACAUACUUAUGAAUAUAGUAAUAUACUAUAGCAAUCCAACUGCUUUGCAACUAUGUAAAUCAAAUACAGUUAAGAUUAUAAAAAAAUAAUUUUAUAUAUUUAUGUUAUACUACUAAUUUUAGAUUAUGUAUUAUCACAUGAAGAACAGAGCAAGUACUAUAGCUUGAUGUUAUAUAUUAAAACACAUGUUGUUUAGGUCUUGCUUAGGGAUCAUCCAUAAAUGACGUCACGCUUUUUUGACGAUUUUUACCUCCCCCCCUCCCCUCCGUCACACUUCGUCACAAAAAGCUAGACCCCCCCUAAAAUGACGUCACACCUCAACCUACAACCCCCCUCAAAAUUGCAGUUGAAUUUUUUAAAAACAUUGAUAUUUUCCCAACAUUUUGUCUAAACUAUUACAAUUUAUUAAAACAGUUAUCUAAAACGCGAAAUAACGUCUAAAAUUCGUUUUCUAACAUUGCUUUUUUAUAAUGCAAAAAUGUGACGUCGCAACAUCUGACCCCCCCCCCCCUCCCCCUCAUCACACGUCGUCACAAAAUUACGGACCCCCCCUCCCACCUACGAGUGUGACGUCAUUUAUGGAUGACCCCUUAGAUGCUUGAAUCUGCUCUAUAAAAUAUAUUAUUUCAGACGUUUUUGUAAUUCUUUUAUUAUCAAUAUUAUUUCAAAUGUAUUUAAAAAAUAUUUUAAAAUGUUAUUAAACAUAGUACUAAUUCACAUUUUAAAGUUAUCAUGUCAGUUCAAUUUAAAUGCAUGGUUUGCAUUACUAUCCCUAUUACUAAGCAUAAUAUACUACAAAUAAUUGUUUUAACAUACCUGAUUGAAAAUACAUUUAUAAAAAUGUAAUUUUUGUUUGCAAUUACUUAUAGUCUCUUAUUAUUUUCAUCUAUUUCAUCUAUUUUUCAACAG